AGAAGAAGAAGAAGAAUAAGACGAGAAUAAGCAAGCUAGUAUUAAUAGAGAUGAACAACAACAACAUCAACAACGUAAAACACGAUCUUGACCCACACAGUGACCACAGCUCCGACCACUUCUCUCAACACCUCCAGCCCCCACAACCCCAACGUCGUCCCCGUGGCUUCGCCGCCACUGCCGCUGCGGCGGCAGCCGUGGGCGUCUCCUCCGUUGGCAAAGGAAAGAAGGAGAGAGAAAGAGAAAAAGAACGCACAAAGCUUCGUGAGCGUCAUCGCCGGGCCAUCACCAGUCGCAUGCUCGCAGGUCUCCGUCAGUAUGGAAACUUUACCCUCCCCGCCCGUGCCGACAUGAACGACGUCCUCGCCUCACUUGCUCGCGAGGCCGGUUGGACUGUGGAGCCCGACGGCACCACAUAUCGUCAAUCUCCUCCUCCUUCUCAAUUGGCACCGUUUCCUGUUAGGUCUGGUGAAAGCCAUCUGUCUGCUAGUCCUCUGAAAAACUGCUCCACUAAAGCAUCGUUGGACUGCCAGCCAUCCGUUUUCAGAAUUGAUGAGAGUUUAUCACCAGCAUCCCUUGAUUCUGUUAUUGUUGUGGAUAGGGAUACAAAGAGAGAGAAAUAUACCACUGUCAGCUCCAUCAACUCCCCAGAGUGUUUGGAGGCUGAUCAGCUUAUAAGAGAUGUCCAUGCUGAGGAACAUGAGAACAAUUUUACUGGAACUCCAUAUAUUCCUGUCUAUGUGAUGCUCACUACUGGUGUUAUCAACAAUUUCUGCCAGUUGGUGGAUCCAGAAGGCGUUAGACAGGAGUUGAGGCAAUUAAAGUGUUUACACGUGGAUGGUAUAGUUGUAUAUUGUUGGUGGGGUAUUGUUGAAGGCUGGAGCCCGCAGAAAUACAUAUGGUCUGGGUACAGAGAACUAUUUAACAUCAUCCGAGAACUCAAGCUGAAAUUGCAGGUUGUUAUGGCAUUUCAUGAGUGUGAAGCAAAUGUUCCUGGUGAGAUGCUGAUCUCCCUUCCCAAGUGGGUUUUGGAGAUUGGAAAAGAUGACCCGGAUAUAUUUUCAACUGAUCGUGAAGGAAGGAGAAAUACCCAGUGCUUGUCUUGGGGCAUUGACAAAGAAAGAGUGUUAAAGGGAAGAACCGGCAUUGAGGUGUAUUAUGAUUUCAUGAGAAGGUUCAGGACAGAGUUUGAUGACUUAUUUGCUGAGGGCCUUAUUUCUGCUGUUGAGAUUGGACUUGGUGCUUCUGGGGAGCUGAAGUAUCCUUCAUUCCCAGAAAGGAUGGGAUGGAGUUACCCUGGUAUCGGUGAGUUUCAGUGCUAUGACAAAUAUUUGCAGCAGAGUCUACGAAAAGCAGCAAAAUUGCGUGGGCACUCAUUUUGGGCUAGGGGACCUGAUAAUGCUGGUCAAUAUAAUUCUAGGCCACAUGAGACUGGGUUCUUCUGCGAUCGAGGUGAUUAUGAUAGCUAUUAUGGACGCUUUUUCCUCCAUUGGUAUGCACAGACCCUAAUAGACCAUGCGGAUAGUGUACUCUCUCUUGCAACCCUUGCAUUUGAGGAGACACAGAUAGUUGUGAAGAUUCCGGCAGUUUAUUGGUGGUACAAGGCUACAAGCCAUGCAGCAGAGCUCACAGCAGGAUAUUACAAUCCUAGUAAUCAAGAUGGCUAUUCUCCAGUUUUCGAGGUUCUUAAGAAACAUUCAGUGACACUGAAGUUUGUAUGCUCAGGAUUGCAGUUUUGUGCUCUGGAGAAUGAUGAAGCAUUGGCCGAUCCUGAGGGAUUUUCCUGGCAGGUCCUAAAUUCUGCCUGGGAUCGAGGAUUGACCAUAGCUGGUCAGAAUGCACUCCCAUGCUAUGAUAGAGAAGCUCACAUGAGAAUCCUGGAGACUGCAAAGCCAAGAAAUGAUCCUGAUCAUCGUCAUUUUUCAUUCUUUGCAUAUCAACAACCUUCCCCUCAUGUUCAAAGAGAAAUGUGCCUUUCAGAAUUAGAUUAUUUCAUAAAAUGCAUGCAUGGGGAAGUUGCAGGUGAUUUGCAACCCUAAUUUUAUGUGGCAUCAUUUCAAGUUCUUGCCUUCAGUGGAA